AUGAACACAAUAAUUGAAAAUCCGAAUAUUGAUUUUGGGAUUGUUUUGUCCUUUGAUCAAUCAUUAUAUGCAAAGAAGAAGGAGAAGAAUACCAUCAAGUACUUUCUCUCCUCUGAAAUAUUGACAGAGAAUAUAAAUCCCUUCCUUGAUACCUAUGAUUUAAUAUUUGGAUUAAUGCCAGCACUCGAGAAGAGUUUCAUCUCACGAGAGGAGUAUGAAAGAUCACUGGUAGCCAAUUUUAAAAACUCCCUUCCAUCAAAGAAUAGUCAAGUUAGAUUUGAGGAAUUUAUUCAUCAAUUUGCUUUUAGGAGUCUGAAGAGAGUAUUAUCAAAGAUUCCACUCGAGUAUAUUGGUAAUUCAUAUAAAUCACUGAUUGGGUGUGUUGAUGAGAGGGAAAGAGAAGCUUGUGUUAAAGUAUGUGGUGAUUCCGAGUCCUUGUCGUACUUUCUCUUAUCGACAACAACUUACUUGUUGAAUGAUCAACCUCUUUCUUAUAAUCCAACACAAUAUUUGCCAAUAAGAUUGUGGCUCAAGUUGAAUAAGAAGAUUAUCUAUCAGUGGAGAAGCUUAACUUUUACCAUUCCGAAUAUUAAAUCCUAUUUCCUUGUGGAUAAUCAAGAGGAGGUCAAGAAUGUUCAUAUUGAUAAUGUGAGGUGGAAUGUUCAUGUAUCUAUUGGAGAACAAGUGAAUUGGGGAUCUGAUGAAGAGGAAACUAUUUCAAUUCCUGCAAGAUUAUGCGAUUCUGUCACACUCAGAAAAGUUACAAGCUAUCAAUCAUUAAUCCAAUUGAGAUUCAACAAGAAUGACCUCUGUAAAAAAUUGGAACUUUUACUCAAUCAUGGAAUUAGCCCAUCAAAUAAUGCGUAUGUGAAAGUUACACAAGACAAUUUGAAAAAUGUCUUGCAACAGUUUUUCCAAGACCACAUUUCCAAGUUACAAGAAAUUUGUAGUGCAUUUACAAAGAGGUCAUCAAGCUAUGAAUCUCCAUUCGAAAGACCAUGGAUUAUUCCAAAAUGGAUUCAAGUAAGAGGUGAUUUACAAGUGUCUCAAAGUCAGUCUCUCAUUAAGCAUUACAUUAUUGAUGUCCAAGAUUUUGACAUUUUGGAAACAGUUCGUGAGAAGCAAACGCUUUCCAAUCUCAGAGGAAAUGCUAUUUUGAAGAAUAUUCAACACUUUUUAUCAAACCCUGAGGAGUUAAGUUCAAGAUAUAUUGGUUCUCUCGUUUAUUGUAAAGAAGCAACCCUUCUCGAUCAAGAUGUGAGGGAUAACAAGAGAUUAACUCUAAAAGUUGAACCAUACUCUGCCUCUGUAAAAUUGCACAGAAACUUAUGGGAAAGAACAAAGGGUCUCUUUUCAGAAUUUAAUCCAAAGGAAGUUCUGGAGAAUAAUUCUACUCAGCUCAAUGUUUUCACAUUAUAUCAUAUCCAUCCAAAGUUAUUUUCCAAUUAUAAUUUGCUGUGGCCAAAUACCAUUGGAAGAAUACGUCCACUCAAAUUCCUCCUCAAGCCAGGAGACUUGAUAGAAUUCAAGGGUAGAUUAUUGGAUACAAAUCAAAUUUUAGCAUAUGACAUUAGACUCAAUUCACCAUAUCUUUUCAUAAGCACUCCAGCAGAGCUUGUAAAUAUCAUUUUAUAUAAGGGAUCACUGCUUUCCCUCUCUUUGUAUUUAACAUACAAAUUGUACAAGGAAUAUAUGGAAUACUUGAACGAAAGUCCUGAUCGAUCAAUGCCACUCUCUCAAUUCUUGGCAACGAGACUUACAAUUGAAAUUUUUAAAUUGCAAAUAGGAUUGGCUCUGUAUUAUUUAUUUAUUAAUUGGCCUUCUCUUGUACUCAAAUGUAUUAGUGAUAGAUUCAGUAAGAAAGUUCCAGGAAUGGACAAGCAAAUUGGUAAGGUGGUAGAAAACAUUUCAGCCCUCAUCUUGUUUGUCUACUUGAUUGAAGCCAAGUUAUCCAAUAAUACGUCUUUCCUUCAUCGAAAGGGAGCCGAGCUCAUUAAUGGAUAUUUGAUUUGGAUUGCUCGCCGGUACCUCCUCUUCUUUGGUUACAGAUCUGCCUAUCAAUCACUUCCAUCUCUCUAUUCUAUUGGUAAACGAGUAGUUGGAUAUGCUAGACAAAAGUUUUAUCAGGCCCGUUGGUUCGUAAUUGACACAUUCUUUAACAAACCACAACAUUAA